GACAUCACAGACGCUUAAUUAAUAUACCUGUCGCUGGCUCUGUGACCAGGUGUGCUAAACAACAUUGUUUUAACAGGGAAAAUGCUACCAGUUUUCUUUCUCAUCCUGACAUUUAGUAAAUGUCUGGAUGCAGCUUGUACUUUCCCAUCUACGUUGAUCGGGAGCUGGCAAAGCAGCACGCUGGGCAGCUUCACCAUCAACAGUACCAGCAUAUCGACGAUACCCUAUGAGGGUGGACAGUACACGUUUGAGUGUUAUCUACAGAACGCAAAUCGAUAUGUCAUUAAAUCUGAAGUUAUAAGAAGUGGUCUUUUAGAGUCAGUCGCCUAUACAUGUUUGGACAUACAGUCUGUGAGUGGCUCAACAGACAAACUGCUGUACUACCAAGUAACUGCUGAGGUGUCUGGGAAGGGACGAUUCGUUCCCGCGGCUGUAAGCUCAGUCCCUGUGGAAUCGGACGUAUGUACUGAAACGAGUGUUGUUCAGCCUGGCGCAUACUCGUUCCUCAUCAAAGAUGGUUCCUUGAGUACAGCCAAGAUCAAAUGCCCGGAUGGCCUUGUGUCAGAGUUCAAUGUGACACUAAGUAAUUGCCCGGAUGGAGCCCAUCUUGACGUCUGUACCGACAAUACAAUAAUGGACUUUAACUUUAGCACAUGUGGCGGAUCUACGUAUUCAGGUGAAGUGAAGUAUACAUGCGUGUAUUCUAGUGAGAGCGGUAACCUCACCUACGUAACGCUCUACAACUCGGCCGCCAGCGUACCAAGCAACCCGUUCAUCCCAUUUUCCUGUGUAGUAUUCACUGCAGGCGACAACGACACGACUUUAACCCACAACCCCGGAGACUGCCUAGCCACGCAGACUGACACUGUCAUCACAUCACCCGGUUUUGCCUAUGGUGCUAACUAAUAUCAGUAUUGGUAUGUGUGAAAUGACAACCACAACCACCACCACCACCACCACCACCACCAUGGCC